GUUAAAUUUCUUUGUUCUAUAUUAAGCCAUUGAUAUUUAGCUUUUUACCCAAAAAUAAUUUUGGUGCUAUUUUACAAAUCUAGGAUGAUAACGGAUAUUCCAAUUGUAAACAAGGGAUUUACUAAUUUAAAUAUAUGUAAGCCAUUGUACUGAAAGUUGCCACAUUUUAAGGUUCUCACAGAAACAUGAUUUAAAACUCAUGAACUUUUAUCCAUGCGCAGAAAAAAUUUCAAACUGGGAACAAUUUGACAUAUUUACGAAAGGCCUAAGCAAAACAAAACCGAAGAACAACUGUAAAGGGAAAAACAGCAAAAUAAAUGUUCAGUCAAGUAAGAUGCAGCAACAAUUUCUUCUACGCGAGAAUAUACAUAUCCAUAUUUAAAGCCAAAGAGUUAGAGGACCUUUAACUAAAUACCUACAAAUAAAUAAUGAAGUUGUAAAAAAAGAGUUAAUGCGAAUAGAAGAUAUCCACAAUGUACUAAGUAAUUGGAGCAGACAGCAUAACAAAAAAUAUAUAACCACAUAUAGUACAUACGUACAUAGGUAUGAACAUACGCCAUAUGCUCUUAUACAAUCAACAAAUCGAAAGCCAUAAGCCAAAUGUUAAUGUUCUUUAAUUAAAUUAUGAAAGAAGUGACGUAGCAGACUACUACAAUGGCGUUUAUUAUUUAUACAGCCAGGCUGAAAGCGGUUGCCUUUUAUCGCAGAAUUUGUGAACAUAAAAAUUGGGCCUCAACCGGAACAGUAUCGCUCAAUGAGUAUUGAGAAUGCUUGUUUGCUAUUUUAGUGCAUGUAAUUUUCGUUGCAAAAUUAAUUAUCAGUUAAGACAGACAUAGUAAAUGAAGUUUAGUUUGAUUUUAUUUUAAAGGCCAUUUGGAGCCUAAGAAGCAAAAGGAACACGGUGUUAUGUAGCAACCAAAUAAAAAGGAACUACAUUUUUGAAAGCUUAGCUGCUUUUAUGGAAUUAAAUUAUUUAUAGAAUUAUUAUUAUUUAUUACGAAGAAACAAAGUGAAACAUUUUCUAGACAUAUACUAUGGCAUCGCUUCGAUUGAUAAAUCGGUUAAUAAUACGUGGAUUCAUAUCGCUGUCUUUGCUUCUGGUGUUCUUCAACGAAUUUAUAGUUUAUUAUAUCAAUCAGACUACAUGGAAACAAAUUUAUUGUAAAUACGAUAACUGUACAAGAAUAUUAUUUGUAGCGGAUCCACAAUUAAUAGGCAAUUCCUACGAAAAGGGGUUUUGGAGCCCUAUUUCGCGUUACGAUGCAGAUAGAUAUUUGAAAAAGACUUUUGAGCGAACUCUAGACUUCACACAGCCACAUAUUAUUUGCUUUCUUGGCGAUCUCUUAGAUGAGGGAAGCAUUGCAAAUCAACAAGACUUUGAGAGCUACGUCAAACGUUUCAAUCGAAUUUACAACACGAAUACAAACAUUAAAUUCAAAUUAAUCUCUCCAUAUGCGCAGCGGAUUCAUGUGCCGGGAGAUAAUGACAUUGGCGGUGAGGAUGGAGAAUAUAUUUCAAACUCAAAUGUGCGCCGCUUCGAAGAGUCUUUCCAAAGUGAAGAUCUCUUUGACUACGAAAAUAUGUUACGGUUUUUUAAAAUAAAUCGGAUGAUGCUCGACUUUUCGAAUCCAGAUCGUGAACAUAAUGCACAACGCUUACGUGUAGGUAUUUCGCAUGCCCCAAUUCUCAUUGGCGGUGGACCACUUUUGCGUUCGGUGCUUAGUGAAUUGGAUCCCCAUGUAAUAUUCUCUGGUCACUGGCACGAAUCUAGAAUAUUCAUACAUCCAUCAACGCACGUAGUGAAUUUUUAUGAGUCGACCGUGCGACAUUUCGAUUUGCGCUCUCUAAAAGAGAAGGAGCAUCAGUAUCUGGAAAUUAUGGUACCUACAGCUUCGUACCGUAUGGGGAAAAUGAAGAUGGGCCUUGGGUACGCGGUGCUAGAAAACUAUCAACUUAGCUACACAGUACUCUGGCUGCCCAACCGAUUCAUUUACCUGUUUUUAUAUUUAUUUUGGCUACUUCUAUCAAUUUGUGGUUUCAUUGUGUUCAGAAUGAUGACGCGAUGCCCAUUUCGCGUAGCUAAGCGUCAAUUAUUAUACAACCGUACUUUAAACAUGUCUUAAUUUUAGAUAUAAUAUAUAUGUAUAUAUAAUGUAAAAUUAAUUAACUUGAAAACCAUAUUCUGUAAAGGUGGAAACCUAUAAAUAAUAUUAAGUAUUAAAUGUGUAACCAAUAUCUGUUGAAUUUAUAUUGUUAUUAAGUAUAAUAUUAAAGAGUAACUAAUAACGUUUUGGUUAACUCUCUUUUUGCUAAGCAUAUACUCGGAAAAUUUAAUUUUCAUUACAUACAUAUACAAAAAUAAAUGGAAUACUUAUCAAUAUAAUUAUUAUAUAUUUGUUGAUUUCUCUGUAAUCGCAUUAUGACAUUAUUAGCUAUAACUAUGUAACUCCAGCACAAUUAUCGUAGAUAUUUACAUAUAUAUAUUGUUUUACUGCGAAUUCAGUUACGGAUUUCACAACUGUAUCGUACUGUAAAUAUGUACAUGUCAAACGAUAUAUUUUACUCGUACGAAAUCCGAGCGUGGGCGAACAUCGUAAAUCAUGUUAAGUUUAGUCGAUCGAAAGGUUGUGUAGGGGCGACAGAACAGAACACGCUUAGUCGUUAAUGUCAGAUAAUUGUAAAAAAUCCAGCAACGGAGAUUACAAAACCCACACAUUCAUACGCAUAAGUGUUUUUAAAUUUUUUCAUAAAAAUAACACGUUUGUGUGACAAAUAAUUUUGCGCGCAAUGUAGUUUCAUUUCAAAUUGCUUAAAUAAAUCCCUACAAUGUUUUUGUUCUAUAAAUGCAAGAUAUUCUGAUAUUAAUUAACUUGAAGUCACUUACAAUUUUUAAUAAAGAAAUUAAAAAACCACCUUAAUGUAUACAUA